CAAAACCCUAACCCAAAGCCUGUAACGCAAAUCCUCUCUGUAUAUAAACACAGCAGUGCCUGAGCAAGAGCCACCGCCCAACCUACCUUGCUUGCUAGGUUGUUGAAACCCUUUUCUGGCUAAAACCCUAGCUCGCUAGCUCACUCACUCUCUCUCUCUAUCUCUAAUCCAUCGCCUGCCAAUUUUCUGUUUCAGGGAUUUCUCGAGCUCGAAGCGAUGUCGGACGAUGAAAGGGAAGAGAAGGAGUUGGAUCUCUCCUCUCCUGAAGUCGUCACCAAGUACAAGAGUGCCGCCGAGAUCGUUAACAAGGCUUUGCAGUUGUUAAUAUCAGAAUGCAAACCAAAGGCUAAGAUUGUUGAUAUCUGUGAGAAAGGCGAUUCAUUCAUCAGAGAACAAACUGGCAAUAUGUACAAGAAUGUGAAGAAGAAGAUUGAAAGGGGUGUUGCAUUCCCAACAUGUAUCUCUGUAAACAACACUGUUUGCCAUUUCUCUCCACUUGCGAGCGAUGAGACUGUGUUGGAAGAAGGUGAUAUCUUAAAGAUUGCCAUGGGGUGCCACAUAGAUGGUUUCAUUGCUGAAGUUGCACACACCUAUGUCAUUCAGCAAGGACCAGUGACCGGUAGGCAAGCAGAUGUUAUUGCUGCUGCAAAUACUGCUGCUGAGGUUGCUUUGAGGCUUGUAAGGCCAGGAAAAAAGAACAAAGAUGUGACAGAAGCAAUCCAGAAGGUUGCUGCUGCCUAUGACUGCAAAAUUGUUGAAGGUGUCCUCAGUCACCAACUGAAACAGUUUGUGAUUGAUGGAAACAAGGUUGUACUGAGUGUCUCGAAUCCCGAGACAAGAGUUGAUGAUGCUGAGUUUGAGGAGAAUGAAGUUUAUGCAAUUGAUAUAGUCACAAGCACAGGUGAAGGCAAGCCUAAGCUCUUAGACGAGAGACAGACAACUAUUUACAAAAGAGCUGUUGAUAAGAACUAUCACUUGAAAAUGAAAGCUUCUAGGUUCAUAUUCAGUGAAAUAAGCCAGAAAUUUCCCAUCAUGCCAUUUACAGCUAGGGCUUUGGAAGAGAAGCGUGCUCGGUUCGGAUUGGUAGAAUGCGUCAAUCAUGAUCUGUUGCAACCAUAUCCUGUUCUUCAUGAGAAGCCUGGGGAUUAUGUUGCUCAUAUCAAAUUCACUGUUCUGCUAAUGCCAAAUGGGUCGGAUCGCAUAACAUCCCAUCCUCUGCAGGAGCUUCAACCUACUAAAACCAUAGAUGAUCCUGAAAUCAAAGCCUGGUUAGCUUUGGGCACAAAGUCAAAGAAGAAAGGUGGUGGAAAGAAGAAGAAAGGUAAGAAGGGUGACAAAGCUGAGGAGUCAGCAGACGCCGAGCCUAUGGAUGCAACCCCAGAUGGAGCAACUCAAGAAUGAGAAUUAAACGUUUGAUUUGUAUUUCCCUUUUUGCUCUCCAAUUUUGGGUACUUAUUUGUAUCUGUUUGCUUAUAUGAGUUCAUUCUCAAGGUCAAUUGUGUACACAGGUUUUACUUUUCUUUUUUUUUUUUCUUUUUUUCCCUAAAUGGAAAAAUUUUCUAUUGACAAUUGAAAACCUGAAAGUGAACAUGUUUGCAUAAUGUGAAACAAACUGUUUCUUCUUGCAGUGUGAUCA